AUGGGGAACAUACACUCCAGCAGCGAUCAUGAUGAAGAAGAAGAGAGCCCACCACCACCGCCAAGACCUUCCAGAACGUCUCUGUGCACAUUUCUUUUGGGAGGCCCCAUGCCGGCAACUCCCGGGAUAAUUCCUCUGUGUUGGGAUGAACUAUUGGAUUGGGCAGAUGAUGCCACGUUCCUAGCCGAAGUGGUACACCAGAGAAAUGCUGCAAUUAGUCAACAACUUAGAGGCUCUACAGCUGCUAGUAGUACAGAACAAGGACGAGCCAUCCAUAUCAAGAGAGGGAUACGAUUUGUACCUUAUGUGUCUUUACACGAAACAGAAGAUGCUCUCAGGAAGCUAGCCUCCCAAAGCUACAUGGAAAGAGCGCAGUUCUACCAAGAAUCGGUUCUGGUGGCAGUGGAGGAUGUUGAGAAAACAGAAAUUCUAUGCCUUACGUCUCUGUUUCAAUUCUGCCGCUAUUACACUUUGAUUCGCCGGCUAGCGGAUUCGUAUGAGAUGGUCCUGGAGUAUCCACCCACGGGAGCUACGCUGACAGCAGCACCACCAAUUCACAAUGGCCCAGAGGAACAGUCACCGAUUGGUGCUUUAUUGGGGGGCGAUGCUACUAGCCUCGAAACAGAAGACAAAGAGCCAUCAACCACGCCACUCUUAGCUGGCGAUGAGCAACCCUCCGAUGGACCACUAGAGCUCGAUGAAUGCGCCAUUUGCUUUGACAAGACUGAAGACUCUGUGCUGAUGUGCUGUUCUCAUGCUCUGUGUGCGGAUUGUGAAAAACGAUGGGUUCGCAAACACCUUUGUUGCCCAUUCUGUAGGCAAUCCUUCUCCUCAGUUAAGGAAGCCGUCCAGACGCAGUGGCAACUGGGUGUCAAGGCUGUCCCUGUCGAUCAAGUGCUCGACGAUGUCAGGUCAUUGGAGUCCACCAUUGCACAUUUCUGGCGUCGACAUAUCCAUGAAAAGGAUAGCAGCUCGCUGCCAUCCAUCUUGGAAGAGAAUUACGUUGCAAGACCCAAAGCCAUCCAAAGUUGCGCCGCAGUCGUAGUGGGGGAGGAGUUGGAUGAAUUUGUAGUGAUUGAAGAGCUGUCGCUGUCUUGUGCCCUUUCAGCGGGAUACGCGUAG